AUCCGUUUACCUCCAUAGUUCAAAACGACGAGCGCCGAGAUUCAGAAGAACUACGAAUCCCAUAAAGCAUUACACGUGGAGGCCCUUUGGAGAGAAAGGUCGUCUCGGCGCCGGCGCUCGUUCUGCAGCGGACAAACAUGGCGGCCCCGACGUUGACUGCGAGGUUGUACUCCUUGCUGUUCCGCAGGACCUCUACCUUCGCCCUCACCAUCGUCAUGGGCGCCCUGUUCUUCGAGCGCGCCUUCGAUCAAGGCGCAGACGCGAUCUACGAACACAUCAACGAGGGGAAGCUGUGGAAGCACAUCAAGCACAAGUAUGAGAAUAAGGAGUAGCUCCUUGGAGGCCCCCGUCCAGGCCGGAAGGACCAGGUCCAGCACCAGCUGUUUGCCCAGAGCCAGGGCCUCAGCUCGAAGACAGGCUCACGCCGCUUUCCACAGACCGCCUUGAGCUGUCCACAGGAGAUGGCGUCACCUGACAGACUCUUUAACUUCUGCUGUGUCUGAAGUAUGUUUAGUCAGAGUCAUCACCAAAUAAAUGUAAAUUGUCCUUGA